AUGUCGUAUCCAGAUAAUAACCAAGACAACUUUUAUGAAAAUUUGAUGAAUCCACAAAUUGAUACUGUUAAUGUCACUACUUCUAACAUUUCUACUCUAUCAUCAUCGUCACCAUCUAUUAUUAGUAAUCCUAGUAAUAUUACAAUUUCUGGAAAUAAUUAUCCGUCAAUUAUUCCAAUAAACUUUGAUACGUCAAUAUUUACUAUUAGCGAAGAUAAUAAUAAUAUAUCAGACGCAAGUUCUCAAUUAUUAUUAAACCCGAUUAUUCAACAACAACAACCAUAUUCCACCACUACCGUUCAAUCUUCGUCACACGAUAUUAGUAAUACACCAUUAUCCAUGAAUCCAUUAUCUAAUUUAGGUGGGUUUAUUGGUGGUGGAUUAGUUUCUAUGAACUCUGAAAGUGAUUCGGGUACUACAAUUCCUCCACCUUCUUUGUCAGGUGUCACUAGCAAUUUCCCUGGUUUAUAUUCUAGCACAGGAUUUGAUCUGCUUGGUGUUUUGGCUCGUGUCGUCUCAAGAAAGGAUCCACGAAUAAAUAUUGGACCUGUUGAUAUGAGCUGUUCGUUUUUAGUAGUGGACGCUCGCAAAUUUGAUUUUCCAAUCGUUUAUGCAAGUUUUACAUUCGAAAAAUUAACUGGUUACUCAAAUGCUGAAAUCGUUGGAAGAAAUUGCCGGUUCUUACAAUCUCCCGAUGGUCGUGUUCAACUUGGAUCUAGACGUCGUUACACCGAUAAUAGUGCUGUAUUUCAUAUUAAAAGCCAUAUGGUAGUCGGUCAAGAAUGUCAAGCCUCGAUAAUUAAUUAUAGAAAAGGAGGACAACCAUUCAUCAACUUGGUGACAGUGAUUCCCAUUGGUUGGGAAUCUGAUGAUAUUGCUUAUUUUGUUGGCUUUCAAGUGGACUUGGUAGAGCAGCCGAAUGCUAUCUUGGAGAAAAUGAAAGAUGGGACCUACGUUGUAAAUUAUUCAAUGACCAAUUUUCCUCCUUACGUACCACCUAAUUCUUCUGCCACAAAUUUUGCUGGUGACAUUGAAGAUUUUCUACAUGAUCUAACGUUAAAUAAUCCUUCUUCAUCAUCAAUAAAUCUUACAGUGCCAUUUCCUGCAUCAUCUGAAGUUUAUGACUUAAUAAGAGCCCCAUCAACGAACAACAACACCACUAAUACAUCAACUUCGAAUUUAGAUACAGAGUGUAGUAAAAGAUUAUGGAAUCAAAUGCUAUUGGAGUAUAAUGACGAUUUUAUUCACGUUCUUUCAUUAAAAGGAAUAUUUCAAUAUAGUUCGCCUAGCUGUCGAAGAAUUUUAGAGUACGAGCCAGAAGAAUUGAUUAACAAAAGUUUAUCGACAAUUUGUCAUCCGAGUGAUAUUGUCCCGGUUAUGAGAGAAUUGAAAGAAUCGUCUAGUGGUAUCGAGGCUGUGAACCUUGUUUAUCGUAUUAGGAGAAAAAAUUCCGGGUAUAUGUGGUUCGAAGCUAACGGUAAAUUGCAUUUGGAACAGGGAAAAGGUAGAAAAUGCGUGUUUUUAUCAGGGCGUGAAAGACCCGUUUAUAAAUUAAGAUGGAGAGAUUUGAUAAGUCCACAACAAAUCAACUUUGGUAUGACCUCUUCAAGUAUCAGCACUACCAGUAAUGAUCCUAUAAUAUCAACACCACUACCACCACAGCAAAAGCAGCAACAAUUAUUAUCUUUAUCAUCAAACGAACAAGACGUUUGGUCAAAAUUAUCAUUGGAUGGUUUAUAUUUAUACGUCUCGUCAACUUGUCAAAAUGUUUUGGGUUUAAUGCCUGAAGAAAUAGUGGGAAAUUCUCUCUACAAUUAUGUAAGAUCAGAUCGUACAACCGACAUCACCAGAUCAUUAAAUCAUGCUAAAAAUGGAUUAUCAAAUGGUUUAAAACAUCACAUGCAAAAAAAGAAUGGACAAUUCAUCGAAGUGAUAUCGUAUUUUUAUCCUGGGGAUUAUUCUACCUCCAAUAACAAUACUGUCGGUAGUAGACCAACAUUUAUAAUAUGUCAAACAGGAGAAAUAACAAAUGACGGCAGUGGUGCUGUUGUUGGUAGCGGUAAACGUAGACAAUCUCCCCCUUUGUCGAAUUCACCGGACGAUAAUGUUAUAGCAACUUCAAGUACAGCGGGAGGUGGAAGUAGUUCAACAACAACUCAUAUAGUAACACAUCAAAGAAAUAUAGCAGUUGACCAUCAACCUGAUGAUAACAUAUUCGAAGAAUUGGACACAACCAGAAGUACAAGUUGGCAAUAUGAAUUACAUCAAAUGAGGUUAACGAAUAAGAAAUUACGCGAAGAAUUGGAAGCUAUUAAACAUUCGAAAAAAAAACGGGUAAUAAGAUCAAGUAAAUCAGCUUUUAAAUGA